AUGGCUCCGUCGACGUGGGUUGUGAUCGGAGCUUCCCGCGGCAUAGGUCUAGAGCUCGUCCGUCAACUGCUCGAGCAGGGAAAUCAGGUCAUCGCGGCCGUCCGCAGCCCAGAGACGGCAAACCACAUCUGGCAGCUGGCAGCUAAACAAACGAGGCCCGCAGCAUGUCUUAUUGAACAGUGCGAUGUCACUGACGAGUCGAGCAUUGAAGCAUUUGUGAGUGCAAUGGGGAGACUGGUUGCCAAGGGCAUGCGGCUCGACAAUAUCGUCUUGAAUGCUGGAAUACUAAAAUAUCCCAAUGUACGAAAGAAUUCAUCCUUUACCGACUUCGCACUGCACCUGCAUACGAACACAAUUGGGCCUAUUAUCAUUGCACAGAAAUUGCUUAACCUGAGCAGUGCAGCACCUCCGUCCAAGGUGAUAUUCAUAUCCUCCGAUUCCGGAUCCACAUCAUUGUUCAGGGAUCAUGAAGAUGGAUUUGGCGCCUAUUCGGCCAGCAAGGCUGCAUUGAAUCAGAUGCUCAGGCACAUGGCCGUCGAGCUCAAGAGAAAGGGGGGAAAGUACGAGGCUGUUUGCGUCUUGGCUAUCCAUCCCGGGGAGGUUCAGACGGACAUGGCGAACAUCGACGUGGACUGGGAAGUGGAAGGAAUCAUUACCCCCGAAGAAAGCGUAACAAAAAUGUUGAAGGUGAUUGGCGAGAAGGGGAAAGAAGAGAGUGGUACCUUCUGGUGCUGGGAUGGAAGGGAGCAUCCCUGGUGA